AAGGCAGUUGGUUUCUAAAGUUUGUGUCCUCUGUCUUGUUUGACUAGAAUUAAUUUGUUAACUUCCUCUUAAUUCUAUACAGUUCCUCUUCAAAAUGAGCCACUUGCAGCCUACAUUUAUAAGUCCUCAUGAUGGUAUUGAACACCACCUGCAAAGUGACUAAGAUUCACAUAGGAAGAAAAUGCCACUUUAUCUUCAUGUCUUCUCAGUCUGAACAAUGUGAUCACCAACAUCUGAGUAAGCUUUCUGAAGAUGUGAUACGUGAAUGGAAAUUUACACUGACAGAACAUUGGUUGGCUGAGUUAAUGGAGAAUGAAUGGAACCCAGCAUCCUUCUGCUUUGGGAGUUGCUGAGCUUCAAAAUGUUCCUCCUUUGGGAGCAAUAAUGACUUGUAGAGCAAAAGGUUCCACUUGGGGAAUAAAGUUAUACUAGAUCACAUGAUUGCUUUGCCUCCUGGAAGCCUUAAGUGUGUGAUCUAAAUGAAACUGAUGGGGUGAAGGAUGCUGAGCAAGGGCAAGCUGUGGGGCAUCCUGGUCUUGAGUAUUGUACUUUCCCUGUGGAAGUUGUACAUGUCUGUGCAUACAGGCCUUUCUCAUUCCUCAUACAGCCCUGGCCAAUGGCUGUUGGCAGACACCAUCUUGGACGGUAAACCUUGCAACUAUAGCAGGUGUCAUGAUGUAUGGGAUUGGUUUUGUGAACACUUUAAUGCUUCAAUAAACUGCCUGCUGACUCCUGAAAACUCGGAGAUUCCACCAGAGGUCCUGCAGUGGUGGUUGAGGUUGCAAAGAUCACAUAAAGGGAAGCAGGUCCAGGAGAUCAUAAAGCACUUGUUUGACAUUCUUCCAUCAGCUAGACUCCAGGACACUGUCCCAUGUGGAACAUGUGCUGUGGUGGGGAAUUCAGGAAGGCUGAAAGGCUCUAAAUAUGGAGGUGAAAUUGACUCUCAUCAGUUUGUGCUGAGGAUGAACACAGCACAGACUGUGGGUUUUGAGGAUGAUGUUGGAACACGAACCACCCACCAUUUCAUGUACCCAGAGAGUGCUGUGGACCUCCAUCCUGGCAUCCAUCUUGUACUGGUCCCUUUCAAACCCUUGGAUCUUGAGUGGCUAGCCAGUGCCUUUUCCUCAGGAGCUAUCCAGCACACAUACAAAAGAGUUAAGCAGUUUGUUGAAGGUGACAAAGACAAGGUCCUAAUACUAAAUCCUGCUUUCCUGAAAUAUAUCUGGGAUAACUGGACUAAGCAUCACGGAAGAUAUCCAUCCACUGGAUUCAUUGCACUAAUUUUUGCCAUCCAUAUGUGUGAACAGAUCUGCUUUGAUAAAUGGAUGACAUCAUUACCAAAAACAAAAUGAAGAGCCAAUAUCAAAGUAUCAUCUAUAAGGAUUAAUUUAAGAGAUAGCAAGAGGCCAUCAGGAAAGAAUAAAUAUUUUGUGUUUAAUCUAGGUGAGAAAAAAGAGAGACUUUACCUAGACUGUCAAAUUAAAAAAAAAUAUAUAAAUUUUUUAAAAUAGAUCCACAAAAUUAAAUAAAACAAGAGGGAUGUGACAAUAAUUUCUAAGCAUUAGAAAAUGUGGAUCCUGAAAGGAGCAAUAGUUCUUAGGCAAGACAAGAAAACCAGGAACAUAGACAUUAUUCAAGGGAGAAAGAAAUGCAACAAACAAAAUCUUGAGUCUUUUUGUAAAAAUAUCAAAAAGGUAGAGGAUAGAAUGGAAGAUUCUGUAUUUCCACCUAAACAAGAUAAAGAAGCUGGAUGGAUUUCAGGGUAAUUAUGAUCUUUUGAACUUAAAUUAAUGGCAGGUUACCUUAAACAAGACUGGAGAAAGAAAAUGAAACAUUUAGGUUUCCUUGAAGACUAACAUUUAGUAUAUAGUUAUGAGCAACAAUGUAAUCAAUAAAACUCGCUGGUAACAGAGUUCCAUUGUAUUAUAGCAGUGGUUCCCAAACCUUUUGGGCUGCUUUCCCUUUCCCUCUUGGGUGACAACCCUAGUGCCACCACACUUCUUUCUUUGUAUUAGAGGUGUGAGAGUUGUACCACCUUCGGUUAAUUAAUCAAUACUCCUUGCUUGUCCAGCCUUUUUCUCUCCCCACCAAUCCCCAUUCUCACCAGGGCAUCAGGAGGGGGACACCAUGGUGGACAAUGUCUAGCUGGGCUGCAAGGGGUGGUGAGGCAAGCUACUCGGCAGUCCUAUUUUACAAACUUCUGCCAUUUCCUUCUCUGUUUCUUUUGCCGUAGUAAUCUAUAAUCAGUACCACCCACUUUGGAAAUCACUGUGUUCUAGAAUAGUUUUUUGUGGAUUCCUUAAUAAAAGAAGAGAGAGGAAAGGGAAAAGGAAAACUCCCCUUAUUAACCAGCACAAAAUUUGCCAUUUGAGAAGACAGAGAAAACAGAGAAUAAUAAGACUUGCCUUUCUUUGGGUUUCAGUACUGCAAAGAUGUGUGAUGCAACAGAAAAUACUCAACAGAAGCAUGAGUACUAUUUUAUACUAUUCACACACAGAGGCUUAAUCAAGAGCUACUUCACAGCAAUUCUAGCAGUGAAAACUACAACUAAACUGCACUAAAUUGAAGGGGAAACCUUUAGACAGAAGUUGCCAUGAGUUAUUUGAGGGCUGUUAUCACUCAAACAAGCCAUGCUACCUGGGUUCAGAUGACAUGACAAACUGCAGCCAGAUAGGUAAUUAGGCCAAUACAGCCUGGCAUGAUUAGGCCUUAAAUAAGCUACCACAGCUGAUGUAAUCAUAUAUACAGAACUAUAUUCAAGCUAUCAUACAGAUGCAUGCACUUUGUGGUUUUUUUAAAGAGGUGCAAAAGCCAAUGUACAUCUUUUCUGAAGCUAUUUGUACUUUAUCCUAACAAUUAGUUUAUAAACAGGGUGGAUAUGAUAGUCAGAACAUCUGUACUGCCAUCUGUGUCAAGGGAAAUAGCCCAGCUGGCUCAGUUAAGUACCAUCAGGAAAAAACCCAAACCCUAACUAAAUAAUAAACACACACACAUAACCAACAAUUAUUGCACAUGUGAGGCUAUAUAGCAGGGAUGGCCAGACUUGCUCAACGGAAGAGCCACAUAUAGUAAAUGUCAGAUGUUUGAAAACCACAAGCAUGUGUUGUGGGCGACGACAGCAAGUUGCGAGUAGCAAGUGGGUGCCCACAGAUAAUCGCACCUGCAAGCAGCGAGGCACAAAAUAAACUCAAACAGCUGCAUACAGUUCCCAAGCUACAGUUUGGUCACCACUGCUCCAUAGUUACUGCACAUAUGAAAAGGAGCCAAAUUACUGCAUAUAGUUUACAUUCUCAAUAUUAAAAUAUUAAACCUUUUAAAAAUA